ACAUUUUGAAAUAGUUUCCUCCAAAGCUUAAACCGCAGAGAUUAGCUUCUGGUGGAUAAAUAAAUAAAACAAAACGAAGAAUGUAUGUGAGCAAAUAAGAUAUAAACGUGAUAAAUAAAACAAAACUGGUGUAAACUUUUUAAUAAAGAGUAAAGCUGAAAAUACGACGAUAAGAAUAUUUUUGUGGCAUAAAUUAUUUUACAAUCAUGUUACAACGUAAAGUUGUUUUUAAAUGACAAUAUAGUUUACAGAAACUUAUUUGGAUAGUUAAAGUUAUAGACGACACAAAAAAGUCAUAUCAUUUCUUUUAUCAAAGCACAACAAUGAUGUAGAUUUCAUCAGAAGAAGGUGGUUCACUUCAUAUUUACUUCAUUUCAUAUUCUGUUAUGCAAAAUACACCUGAUAUUCGUACAGCGCUGACUCACGACGUUUAAAAUAACUCAUCAUCUUGUAAUUAGCAACAGUUAUUAAAAAUUUAAAAUGUUUUAUUUUUGAAUGCAAUUUCCGAUUUGAGGAACGGAAUGCGGUAUCACAGUGGUUUGUUAUUAAUGGUAUACUUAUAUGUUUUCGUGUUUAUUAACAACAUUUGCAUACACUAGAGAAGAAAAAAGUUUGAAUAUCUGGUUAUAAGGUUUCUAUGUACAAGUUUCUGUCGGUGUGUAUCCAAUCUUCGUAAAGAGUUAUACAGAUGUUACAUUGAUUGCUAUAAAUAGAAAUGGGUGCGGCUGCAGCGAUCACAUUGUUAGCCAUUUGUCUACUUUGCUAUAUUCUCGGAUUAACUGGACUUAUCAUUGGUUGCUAUGGUCACGCGUGGUGGAUUUUUGACACAGCUACGUAUAAAAAGGAAAUGGGAUUAUGGAAAGUUUGUGAACGAUUGCUGAAUGCAGAAACAGUCUGCACAACUAGAAAAGAUCUUUUUGACUUUGAUGGAAAGCAAAACGCAGAAAAAGACACCAUUCUCAUAAUUCUGAUAGCGGCUGCAGUAUUUUGCUUCUUAGCAUUUCUAACAACUCUUCUAAUGAUAUGUUACAGAAAGCGUGAAGGAUCAUGGAAGUGUUCAGCAUUGGUAUCAUUUUCCGUUUCAUUAAUUGGAGCACUGAUAGCUUUUGCUGGACUCGGCUAUGCAGAAUUUGAAUUUGAAAGUGAAUGGAGCACAAAUGAUCAUGGCUGGUCAGUUUUACUAGCAUGGAUCGGUGCUGCAGCACAACUACUUGCAGCAGUCAUUUCUUGGAUACUUAUGUUUGUCGUACCUACUGAAAGUGGUAGUAAACAAACUGUGCAUUACGUUGGAAACACUAACCCAACGUAUCAAGCAGAUUACUAUAGAUGAGUUGUCAUGUUCCAGAUUAAGACUGUCAAAAGUGUCAACAGGCUGACAAAAUCCAUGUCUGUCCAUGUAACAAAUUAAAAAUGAUUCUAACUGUAAUAUAUAUGAUAUAAUAGGUUCAUAUUUACUUAUUUCAAUAUAGAUGUUUAAAGAUUUUAAAUUUUAUCCACAUUGUGAUUAUAUAUAACCUCUCAUCUUUCCUUAUUAAAAAAAAAAUAUUAGGAGAUAAAAAUUUAAUUAAAACAAGUAGUUUGUAUCUCAGCUUUUAUUAAAUGUAGAAGUAUAUAAUAUUCCUAGAUAAAACAUAAUUUUAUACAAAAAUAUAUAACUGUACAUUAAAUUCAAAAUUAUGUUCUUCCUUGAUGGCUUUCCUUUUCUUUCAGAAAAAAAAAGGAUUCAUAUUCCCUGUGUUAGUAAUAUUCGUAAUAAGUUAUAAUAAUGGCUAUAA